UUUCAACUUAACGCUGAUCUCAGUCUGGAAGAGUCUACUCAACUUCUGGUGAUAUGGACUGGUCUUGAAGCGAACUGCUUUCUUCCAAGUGGCAUCAGUUCUCUUAAAGCUGGUAUGGCUUUAAGCGUCCCUGAAUCCUGUGCCAAAAAUGCAAUCGGCUGGGCCCCUGCCAGCCUGAAUACACAUGGAUACGAACGUCUAGCAUUUUUGACUCGUGGCUCUCCACUGGCUGCCAGCUUGCUUGGAGCUGUACUUCAGACCUCGCAUCAGACAAAUUCUAUCCUUGCUGAUCUCAUGCUUGAACUUCCGGGCAGACCUCAAGAACCCGACGAACUAUGCUUAUGA